AUGGAUCCAGUGCUCAUUGUGGGAGCUGGCAUUGUCGGCCUGACCCUUGGGCAAUCGCUAAAGAAACAGGGGAUCCCCUUUGAGAUCUAUGAACGUGAUUUAAAUCCAGAAGUGCGUGGUCAAGGAUGGGCAAUUACUAUUCACUGGGCAUUGGAGUCCAUGUUCAAAAUGCUUGACAAAUCGACCUUGUCUCGCAUUCAAGACGUUCAAGUGGAUCCGGAAGUGGCCCGGAAUGACAGCGGAAACUUCCUCUUUAUCAAUCUCGAGACGGGAGAACCAAAAUUCAAGAUCCCACCCAAUGUGCGGUGGAGAGUAAGUCGAGAGAAGAUGCGUCGUGCACUGAUGAACGGUAUUGAGGAUCACAUUCAUUGGGGUCGAAGGGUCACUGGUUUAAGUCUACCGAAAGACACCCAUCAAGUUCAACUCGUCUUUGAAGACCAGACAAAUGUCACAGGAAGUCUAGUCGUGGGUGUUGAGGGCAGUCGUUCUAUAGUGAGGCAGUUCCUCCGACCUGACGCCUUUGACAAUCAAAACCUCGGAAUCAACUUCACCGGGGUCGCCGUGGAUCUGACGCCAGAAGAGAUCAAACCCCUGCGCCAAAUGGACCCAUUACUAUUUCAAGGCUGCCACCCACCGACUGGGGCAUUCUUUUGGUUCUCCAUGCUGGAAACGCCGCAAGUGAAUGGAACAGCAGGGACCGGUGCAGAGCGAUACCGUGCACAGAUCUGCAUGUCCUGGCCAGAGAAAAGGCCAGAAGACAAGGUAGCAAGCACAGAUGAAGCUCGCCUGGUCAAUAUGAAGAACCGGGCACAAGGAUUCGUGCCAUUUCUCCAAGACGCAGUCAAUCGUAUUCCCGCUGGAACACCAGUCACCGAGAUCAAGCUAGCAGAUUGGGAGUGUCUGGCUUGGGAUAACCAGGGUGGUCGAGUGACACUAGCAGGCGAUGCAGCACAUGCCAUGACAAUGUAUCGUGGGGAGGCGGCGAAUCACGGAAUCCUCGAUGCGUACCGUUUGAUGCAGGCUAUUGAGCGCAUCCACAGCGGGUCUUCAAACCCAUCAGCUGCAAUUAAUGAAUAUGAAAACGAAAUGAGAGACCGUACAAGUCGCGCCGUGCUUCUCAGCCGCCAGGCCUGUAAAGAUGCACAUGACUGGAGCCGACUAGAUGAGACAUCAGCCAUACUGACCAAGAGGGCCGUGUUGGCCACUUGA